AUGACUCCACAGACGGAUCAACAGUUUCAAACUUCAUCUACACAAAGGGGAAGACCGCGCCAAAGGUCUGCUGUUGCAUGCACAUGGUGCCACUCAAGGCGCGUCAAAUGUAAUGCUGCUGCCAAAGGUCGCCCGUGUACAAACUGUGAAAAUGCAAAUCGUACCUGUACUCUAAUUGAGAGUAAAAGAGGGAAGAAGAGAAAACUUUCCACUUCACCUUCGAUAUCUCAGCAGGAGCUCAAUGGCAUUGCAGAGGCACCAGCCACUGCUGUCCAGAGGACAGCCGUGCACGGCAACGUCUAUGAUCCUCUCAGAGAUUUACGGAAUAUUCCCAAAGAACGCCACAUCUCUCAAGUCCAUGGACCACCAAUUACCCCUAGUGAACAUGAAGAAGUAGACUCGACACGGGAAGCAGAGGAAACAAGCCUCUACACUCAAGUUCUCGAAAAGGCUACGAGUGCCGAAAACCCGCAAGAGCUCAAGGAAGGCGUUGUCCACGUUAUGUACAUGGGCGAAACCUUCAACCUCACCCAUCUGCUGAGGCAGGUACAUGCCAAAUCAGAAUCAGACUCCUUGUUGCGCAAAAGGCAUUUUGAAGUCAAUGUUCUCCCGAAGAACAAGUCCGCGAAUCCUGCUCCAGCACAAAAUAGUCCCCUGGCCUCAUUCCUGCAGCAGCAGGGCGCCUUCACGAUCCCUGCAGCCAAUAUCUGCUAUCAGCUCUUCCGCACAUAUUUCGACCUUGUUCAUCCGCACUAUCCAAUUUUGGACCGAGCCGAUUUUGCUUUGCAAUACGUAGAUCUCACCAAUCCUCCAUCCUACCUUUUGCUACAAUCCGUACUGUUUAUGGCUUCGGGGCAUUGUGACCUCUCGAUUUUGCAGGACGCUGGCUUCAGCUCACGGUAUCAAGCUCGGAGGACAUUCUUUCAACGUGCCAAAGUGUUGUACGACAAUGAUCAUGAACCGAACAAAGUCACGGUCGUGCUGUCUGUUUUCCUGAUGAGCUUCUGGUGGAAUGGCCUCGAAGAUCACAAAGAUACCUGGCACUGGCUUGGGAUAUCGAUAUCCCUGGCUCUGACGUUAGGAAUGCACCGAUCCACUAGACAUUCUGACAUGCGACCGAAAGAUCGAUCUAUGUGGAAGCGAAUCUGGUGGUCCCUAUUUGUUGAAGACAAACAUGCAGCUACAGCACUGGGGAGACCUGUUCAUAUUCGCCAAGCCGACUGUGACGUGGAACGACUUGAAUUGGCUGAUUUUGCAGAACAACCCAUCAAAAAUCCGGAGAUAUUCGGGACUCCAGAGCAAGUUGAUGCCUUGUAUGUCAUAGCUUUGGUCGAACUCUCUUUCAUUGCUGAGAGUAUUGUUGAAAAGUCCUUCACCGCAUUCAAUGCAACAACAUCUCUCAAUGCCGAUAUGUUCCAGACCUGUUCGGAGCAAUUAGAGCAUUGGAAGGCACAACUGCCUCCAGAGUUGCACCAAGAAAAGACCAACACCUGCCUCUGGACAAGUAUGCUGCAUAUCGCGCAUAGGUAA